AUGCUGCGUUUCAUCAACCGCCUCCUCGGCCGGCACGAGAACACGCUCCCGCCCUUCGACUUUGUGCGCAACCGCUACCGCGUCAAGAGGAAAUGGCCGCCGAACCUCCGCGAGCUGACGGAGAAGCAACAGUUCCGCUUCGAGCGCAAGUUCAAGCGGCGCAUAAAAGCCAAGUCGAUCCGCCCAACGUGGAACAAGUGGACCAAGAUCGUGCAAUGGAGUCUCAUAUCCUUCAUCGUCGUCUACGGCACCCUCUUCCACGACUUUGCCAAGGACCCCAUGAACCCACGGCCUGGGGAGCAGCCGUUCAAAGGCUUGAGAGAGAAGAUGUGGACCUUCUUCGGCAAGUUCUACACGCACAGCGAGGCGACGAUGAAGGGGGACGAGCGGGGGUCUCGGAGGCUGGAGCCGAUGCCUGGUGAUCUGGUGGGUGUGGGUGAUGAGGGGACUCGGAACCAUAGGGGGAGGGAGUGA